GCUUCUCACUGCGAUACUCCAGCAUUUCAAAAAGGAGGGAAAUAAACCCCAAAACCCUAAAACCCAGACUCUCUCUCUCCCUCUUCCUCUGCCAGUGCCUUCAUAUGCAUGGCUUCGGGAAAUUAAUUUUCCGUCACCUUUUACCUCGCUCAUCUCUUCACGAAUUUGAUUCCGGAGAGAAGCUUGGAGGUUGUCACCUAUGGCGAGGCUUCUCCGAAACGGUUUUUCUAUGAAACGUUUCCUAUUCCCGCCACAGGUGAAUCAGAGAGGAAUAUUAGGGACAUCUACUCAGUUUUGCAAUUUUUCUUCUAAAGGUAGAAAGAAAUCUAAGUCGGAUGGAAGUGACUCCUGUGAUGAGAAUUUGUCGAAGAAGGAGUUAGCCCUGAAGCAAGCUCUUGAUCAAAUCACAUCCUCAUUUGGAAAGGGAUCUAUAAUGUGGCUUGGUCGGUCUGUCUCUCCUAGACAAGUCCCAGUGGUAUCUACGGGUUCUUUUUCUUUGGACAUAGCACUGGGAAUUGGUGGAUUUCCGAAGGGACGUGUUGUGGAGAUAUACGGUCCUGAGGCUUCUGGGAAAACUACUCUGGCUCUUCAUGUAAUAGCCGAAUCACAGAAGCAUGGAGGGACAUGUGUUUUUGUUGACGCUGAGCAUGCUCUUGAUCCUACGCUGGCUCAGUCUAUUGGGGUAAACACUGAGAAUCUGCUUCUAUCACAACCUGAUUGUGGUGAGCAAGCUCUCAGUCUUGUAGACACUCUAAUCCGGAGUGGUUCAGUUGAUGUUGUUGUUAUUGACAGUGUGGCCGCACUUGUGCCUAAAGGUGAACUUGAUGGCGAGAUGGGUGAUGCUCAUAUGGCAAUGCAGGCUAGACUAAUGAGCCAGGCACUUCGCAAAUUGAGUCACUCUUUAUCUCUAUCACAGACAAUAUUAAUCUUUACAAAUCAGGUGAGGGCAAAGCUUUCUACUUUUGGAGGAUUUGGUGGGCCAACUGAAGUUACUUGUGGCGGCAAUGCUUUGAAGUUUUAUGCUUCAGUGCGCCUUAAUAUGAGGAGAAUAGGACUUGUAAAGAAGGGUGAAGAGACUUUAGGAAGUCAAGUUCAAGUGAAGAUAGUGAAGAACAAACUUGCCCCUCCAUUUAGAACUGUUCAGAUAGAGCUUGAGUUUGGUAAGGGUAUAUGUCGGGAAUCAGAGAUCAUUGAUUUGGGAUUGAAAAACAAAUUCAUCACGAAGGCUGGUGCAAUGUAUGACUUAAACGGUCAAAGUUUCCGUGGCAAGGAUGCUUUAAAAAGGUUUUUGUCCGAGAGUAGUACUGCUCUGGAGGAACUUACAGCAAAGCUCACGGAGAAGCUAGUUGAUGAUGUGGCAGCCAGGGAAGCAGAAACAGAACUCAUGGGUGAAGGUCCUGCAGAGGAAAUUGUUUCACCUGAUUCUACUGACGAAGAUGCAGUUACUGCAGUAGGAGCGUAAGUGUUCGGAUGGCCUCAAACUGUGGAGAUAAGUUUUUACCUGUUUUACCUGGCAGGGUUCGAUGCUAUGGGGGAGCGGCUACUGCAUUCUCCCAAGCAGCUAGUAGAAUCACCUGCUCUCCUUGGAAUGACAUGGAUGUGGUGAAAUUUUGUGGGUUCAAAAGAGGGGAAUUUGGGAAGGAUGCAGCUUGUCAUUACUUGUUCAGCUACAGUUUGUAUGUCAGUGAGGUCAGUGUUAUAUAUCAUUUGAUUUACCAAACGGAAUGUUAUAUAUUGUUUAGUGAAUUCUAUUUCGAGCUCU